UUUCAGGACAGACCAUGAAAAUCCGGGCCAAUCAGGAAAAUCCGGGACAGACGGCAACACAACGCGCAACCACCAGCCGAAGAAGAAAAAGGCGGAAGUUAGCGCCACAUCGCUAAACGGAGGACGGCCAAUGGGACUUGGUCUGGUGUAGAAAAAUGUGUAAAGUCAGAAUCCUGCGCGAGCUGGUCAAGCACCGAUUAAACGUGGCAAUCGAGGAGAUAUUUGAACUGCUUGACCAAACCCUCGGGGAGUACGAGGAGGAACUUUGCCGAACUAAAGCGGAGAACGUGCGACAACGCGAACUACUGGACACUGUUCUCAACCCCCAAGUCGCAGUACACGCAACAGAGAUCCAGCAGGUGUUGGUGCAGAGUCAAGAGGCAGCCACCGAAGGGGGCGAGCUUUCACGGCCCCCAUGCAUUAAGGAGGAAGCGUGGAGUAGUCAGGAUGGGAAGCAGCUUCAACGGCAGCAGGAGGAGGCUGAUGUCAGGGCAUUCAUGCUGCCUGUCGGCGUGCCUGUAAAGAGUGAAGAUUAUAGCCCUGAAUCUCAGCAGCUUCAUGGUGGGCAAAGUGAACAGAACAGAGAAGCUGACACUCCACUGUCAGAUACGGACGAGGUGAUGUCACAGUCAUCCGAUACGGACCACCCAGAGAGCGCCAAAGAAACUUUGGCAAAGAACUCCCAAGGCGAUGCAACGCAUCACACAGACAACAAACAAUUCAAGUGCUCCGAAUGCGGCAAAACGUUUACACACAAAGGAAGUUUAAAAAUCCACAUGAUCAAGCACACCGGAGAGAAACAUUUUGCUUGCUCCUGCUGCUCCAAAACCUUCUACUUGAAGCAUCACAUGAACCGACACAUGCGAAUACACACGGGGGAGCAUCCCUACUCCUGCUCGGUUUGCGCUAAAGGAUUCCGAGAUAAGUACAAGCUCAUCAACCACAUGAGGACGCACGUGGCCGAGAAACCUUUUGCAUGCUCACUUUGUAUGAAACAAUUCUCCAGUCGGGAAUGUCUGGCCUUGCACGUGUCGACCCACGCGGAGGAGAACCCAAAUGCCUCCAGUAGGUCCGAUCAGAGUCAGUCACAAGUAGUGAGCAACUUUGCUCCGCUUUCAGAUCCGGAUGACAAAGACACAAUGGCUCAGUUUUCUGAUAUGGAUCGCAGCGACGACGGCCAAGAGGCGGAUAAGAAGUCCGACGGCGACGACGAAAACAGUAACUUCAUCUGCUCCGAAUGCGGGAAAACCUUUGACCACAAGGGGCAUUUCAACAGACACAUGAUCACGCACACUGGGGAGAAACCUUUCAGCUGUUCGUUUUGUGCCAAACGCUUCACCCGCAAAUCUGAUCUGAAGGUGCACAUGCAAAUCAAGCACACAGGUGACAAGCCUUUCAAAUGUACUGUCUGUGCCAAAACCUUCCCCAUCAAUAGAUAUUUGAUCACGCAUAUGAGGAAGCACGACGCCCACCUCCCAUUUAGCUGCUCAGCAUGCGGGAAGGGUUUCUCCGCCAAAGAAGAAUUUGAAACGCACACCGCCACAGAGGCCGAAUGCGGCGGAUCGCAAGCGGACGACACGCCGCUGCACUCUUCGGAUACGGACCACAAAAAGAACUCUAAAUGUGCCCCUGCACAACACGCAGGCUUCAUCUGCUCCGAAUGCGGCAAGUCCUUCGUCCAGAAGGCCACGUUGAACCGGCACAUGCGAAUCCACACCGGGGAGAAACCUUUCGGCUGCGCCGUUUGCAGCAAGCGCUUCUCCCGAAACGGAGAUUUGACCAUCCACAUGAGAACACACUCGGCAGAAAGACCCUUCAACUGCACCCUGUGUAGCGAAUCCUUCUCCCUCAAGCACUACUUGAACGUGCACAUGAAACGACACUUUGCCGACAAGCCUUUUGCUUGCUCCGCGUGCACCAAACACUUCAACACCAAGGCACACCUGAAGACACACAUGAAGCGACACACGGGGGAGAAACCCUUCAGCUGCGAGGUGUGCGGCCGCUGCUUCUUCUGCAAGCGUGACGUCAGGACGCACAUGAGGACGCACACGGGGGAGAAACCCUUCACCUGUCCCGUGUGCAAUAAAGGCUUCUCCACCAAGACGUACGUCUCCAUGCAUAUGAGAACGCACACCGGCGAGAGACUCUUCAGCUGCGACGCCUGUCAUAAAAGAUUCACUUUUAAGACACAAGUCUACAGUCACGUGUGUACCGGAUAUAAAAACGGCAAUAACAACACGCCGUGACUUUAAACAGCAUAGCAGACUGAAUGUUAAGUUGUUUCAUGUCUUGUUGUGUUUUGUGUUUGACUAUGGAGAAUAAUUUCUUGCCAAAACCAGACUGGCG